GCUUAACGAUAACGCCAAGAUACUGAAGUCCCUCUUUAUCUCUCUCUCUCUCUCUCCUCAUCUCUCUCAGUGUCAAAAUGCAGAGGCAGUCUCUCGGCUCACCGGUGGCGAAGCUCCAUCUCCAUGCCAAUGGAGGAGGAGUAACGGAAGGAAGUCCUGUCAAAGAAGACCAGAAGCGAAAGGAUAUAAUAUCGUGUUUGCUUACCGCCGACGAGGACGAGAAUAAAUCGCAAAAGCUUCACAAGCCGUCGACAACUAAGCCGGAGAAGUUCAUACAUCUGAUUCCUCUUCUCACCGUCAUAUGCUUUCUCGUUCUUUAUCUUUCCUCUCAUGAUCCAUCUCAAAAAGAUUUGGCUCAGUUCAAUGGAUUUCACCAGCUGUUGUUGAAGCCUACAGAUUCAACGGAGAUUGACGAUUUCGGACGAGUUCUGGAGGAGAACGGCAAGAGCGGCGAUGUACUGGAGAUUCGAAGUGUUAGGAACCUUCAAGAGCUUGGAAGACAUGAUCAUCGCCGCCGUCACCGGAAAAUCAAAAUCGACGGUUUCUAGCUACUGCACAUUCUCUCUGCUCGUUAAUGUAAUUGCUUGCUGUGUAUAAUUAAUGAUUUCAUACAUUCAAGAUGCUGAUCAAUUAAUUUGGACUUUCUUAUUAUUAAUUACUAUCAUCAUCAUCGGAGAUCA